AUGGUGGAUGAGCAAGAUAGAGCAUUGCCCAUUGCAAAUGUGGGUAGAAUCAUGAAACAAAUUCUCCCUCCAAGUGCAAAGAUCUCCAAAGAAGGGAAACAACUAAUGCAAGAGUGUGUGACAGAGUUCAUAAGUUUUGUGACUGGUGAAGCAUCUGACAAGUGUCAUAAGGAGAAUCGCAAGACCGUUAAUGGAGAUGACAUCUGUUGGGCUCUAAGUUCCUUAGGGUUUGACAACUAUGCUGAGGCUAUAGGAAGGUACUUGCAUAAAUACAGGCAACUUGAAAGGGAGAAAAUGACUAAGAACAGGCUCGAUAGCACCAAAGAAAAUCAUGAAGGAUUACCAACAAAAACAACCACACAACUUGAGCAGCAAACUCAAAUCGAUCUGUAG